CAAACACUAGCCUAAACUCCAAACCACGCUCAAUAUCAAUUUCACCCUAAAUUAAUUUCAAAUAACCGCCCAUCACCUCGGGAGCUGGGAGCUGCAAUCAUGGCGGAAUUGAAUUUUGAAAACCAUCCUUUAGAAAAAGUAGUAUCUUCAAUGAUAACACUCUGUGAUUCUGUCAUAGUGAUAGGAUCAAAGGCAUCGGUGCAUGAAAGUUAUUGCCAAAUAGUGGCGAGGAAAGUUGAAGAUAUACGAGAGUUGCUGGAAUCGGUGAUGCAUUUCAUGUUUUACGAUCGUCCGAUCAGGUUUAUUCUUCCCUUUGUUAAUCAGACAUUGCGUACAGUAGAAAAGGAGCUGAAUGAAUUUUGUCUGUUGCUCCCUAUUUUGGCGAGGACAACGUUGGUUUUGAAACUCCCAAAGUUGGAAAGGGACCUCAUCGAUGUAAGCGGCGAUCUCUUUUGGAUCGAGGAACUUUUGCGCAAGGGCUACAGACUCCAACGCGUUGAACAAAACGGAGAGGAUGAAUGGAAGAGUUGGUGAAGGUACAGUGGACUUCCAGCACAAUGGGAAUCAGCAUGAUGGAGGGAGAAAGAAGAGAAGAGUAGGAAAUGAUAAUGGUUUGUUCAUUUUUUUCUUGUUUUUACUUUUACUAUAGAAAGUUGAGAUUCAAACUGAAAUCUGCUAUGUUUUUGUUAAUAUUUUUCGAACUAUGAGUAUUUGGUCAACGUUAUUUCUAACUACUAAUUUUCAAUACAAAACAUUGAAUAUGUGAUUGCAUUUCCCAAAAAAACAUGGAUGUUAGGUUAUUAAACAGGACAGAACUAGAUGACAC